AUGGACAUCAACCAGGUGUUGGAGGGGACCUAUGCUGCCGACGCUAGCAUCCGUAACAGCGCCGAGCAGCAGCUCAUCCAGGCGGCCGACUCCAACUUUCCUCAAUACCUUACCGUCCUCGGUGGCGAACUCGCAAAUGAACAAGCCCAGCCCCAGAUCCGACAGGCCGCCGCCCUGGCCCUGAAGAACGCUUUCACCGCCCGCGAGUAUGCCCGGUUACGUCAGGUCCAAGAACGAUGGCUCAACCUCGACACCCAGAUCAAGCAGCAGGUCAAGGAGAUGGCCCUGCGUACUCUGGCCACACCAAACAAGAAUGUCGGCUCAGCUGCCGCUCAGUUCAUCGCCUCCGUCGCCGCUAUCGAGAUACCCCGCAAUCAAUGGCCGGAGCUGAUGACCACGCUCGUCGAGAGUGUCGGUCAGGGCACCGACGCCCAGAAGCAAUCUUCACUUACCACAAUUGGUUUUGUUUGUGACACAGACGACGUAGAGCUGAGGGACGCGCUAGCACAUCACUCCAACGCUAUCUUGACGGCGGUUGUCCAAGGUGCCCGCAAGGAGGAGACCAACAACGACGUCCGUGUAGCGGCCAUCAACGCGCUCAGCGACUCGAUCGAGUUUGUGCGUUCAAACUUCGACAAUGAAGGCGAGCGCAACUACAUCAUGCAGGUUAUCUGCGAGGCCACACAAGCGGAAGACAGCCGCAUUCAGCAGGGCUCGUACGGGUGUCUCAACCGCAUCAUGGGUCUCUACUACGACAAGAUGCGCUUCUACAUGGAGAAGGCGCUAUUUGGCCUUACCAUCCAAGGCAUGAAGAGCGACGAGGAGGAUGUUGCCAAGCUGGCUGUCGAGUUUUGGUGCACCGUCUGCGAGGAGGAAAUUGCUAUCGAGGACGACAACACACAGGCACAAGCCGAGGGCUCAACCGAGCUCAGGGAGUACUUCAACUUUGCACGAGUUGCCACACAAGAGGUUGUUCCAGUGUUACUAGAGCUACUUGCCAAGCAGGACGAGGAUGCCGACGACAACGAAUACAACACCUCCCGCGCGGCAUACCAAUGUCUACAGCUCUGGGCACAAUGUGUCGGUAGUGGUGUCAUGCCGCCAGUUCUCGCUUUCAUCGAGAAGUACAUCCGCUCCGAAGACUGGCACUACCGGGAUGCGUCCGUUUCCGCCUUCGGUGCCAUCAUGGAAGGUCCUGAGGAGUCGGUGCUUGACCCGAUUGUUAAGCAGGCUCUGCCUACUUUGAUCGGAAUGAUGGACGACCAGAACAUCCACGUCAAGGACUCCGCCGCCUACGCUUUGGGCCGUAUCUGCGAGGCUGUUCCUAGUGCGCUCGACGCACAGCAGCAUCUGCCUCCUCUGAUCGGAGCUCUGUUCAACGGUUUGGCCAGCAACCCCAAGAUGGCUGCAUCCUGCUGUUGGUCGUUGAUGAACUUGGCCGACAGGUUCGCAGGAGAGCCCGGAUGCCAAACUAACCCAUUGUCGCCCCAUUUCGCUCAGAGCGUGCAGAGCCUUUUGCAGGUUACCGAGCGAGCUGAUGCUGACAACACCCUCCGCACAGCAGCAUACGAAGUACUCAACUCCUUUGUCAACAACGCCGCCGGCGACAGUGUUCCUCUAGUCAACGAGCUUUCCAACGUCAUUCUAGAGCGCCUGGAGAAGUCUAUGGCACUCCAAUCUCAGGUUGUCAACGUUGAGGACAAGCUGACUCUCGAAGAGAUGCAGACCAGCUUGGCCAGUGUCAUCAUGGCCAUCAUCCAGCGAUUGGAGAGCGACAUUAGGCCCCAAUCCGACCGUAUUAUGCAGGCGCUGCUGAGCCUUCUAUCGUCUCUGCCUCCCAAGUCCAGUGUUCCAGACACUGUUUUUGCCGCCAUCGGUUCGAUCGCGACCGCGCUCGAGGAAGACUUCCAGAAGUACAUGGAGGCGUUUUCUCCAUUCCUGUACAACGCCUUGAACAACCAGGAAGAGCCUGCGCUCUGCUCCAUGGCCAUUGGACUGGUGUCCGACAUCACCCGAUCCCUAGGCGAGAACGUUCAGCCCUUCUGCGAUGCGUUCAUGAACUCCCUUCUUCACAACCUCCGCAGUCCUCAACUUGGCAACCAGCUUAAGCCGGCUAUUCUCCAAUGCUUCGGUGAUAUCGCGCAUGCUAUUCACGGUGCGUUCGAGACUUACCUAGCUGUCGUUGCUCAGGUGCUACAACAGGCUGGUCAAGUCACGUUGACCACCGAGGGCAACUACGAGAUGAUUGACUACAUCACCUCUCUCCGGGAGGGCAUUAUGGACGCAUGGGACGGAUGCAUUGUCGCCAUGAAGAGCAGCAACAAGACUCAACUGAUCGUUCCUUACCUUGACUCGAUUUUCGACCUUCUCCGCACGAUUCAACAGGACAGCAACCGCACCGAAGCUCUUCUCCGAUCUUCAUGCGGUGUUAUUGGUGAUCUUGCAGAUGCAUUCCCAGCUGGUGAUUUCAGGGAGUACUUCCGCCAUGAGUUCCUUACCGCAAUGGCGAGGGAGACACGUGCAAAUGCGGACUUCAGCGGCCGAACACGAGACACCGCUCGAUGGGCACGUGAACAGAUCAAGCGUCAAGUCGGUACGUCGCUCCGCAACAACCCCUACCUCCGUCCUGGUCCUCUUUAA